UUAUCUUCUCGUUUUGUAGCUGUUGUUCGGCUUCGUUGCUUCGCAAGAGGUGUAGAGAUUGCACGGGUCGCUUCUUCGGCUCCUUCGUCCUUCGUCCUUCGUGGCUGUUCGACUUCGCUCCUUCGUCGACUUUCCCUUCCUGUCGGAUCGAAAGUUACGACAUUUUGAUCCGAUUCAACAACGGGAGCACGUUGGCUUUGAAGAUCUAUAACGUCUGUUUAAGAGAACUGAUCUUGAAAGUAAGAGAUUUGUUUACGAUAAGUGAUCUUAAAGGUUCAUAUUCAAGUUCAAAAGAUAAGUGGCAAUCUAGUGAUUAAAAAGUUGGUUGUUGCUUCAUGGGGAAAAGGAAGUCAAGGGCAAAGCCGCCUCCCAAGAAGAGGAUGGACAAGCUUGAUACUGUUUUUUGCUGCCCAUUCUGCAACCAUGGAAGCAGUGUUGAGUGUCGCAUUGAUAUAAAGAAUUUGAUUGGUGAAGCCUCAUGCAGGAUUUGCCAAGAGAAUUUCAGUAUGACAAUCACCGCGCUAACUGAACCUAUAGACAUAUAUAGCGAAUGGAUCGAUGAAUGCGAACGGGUCAACAAUGUCGAGGAUGAUGGUGCUUGAAGAAAGAAGUUUCAGGUGAUCUGCAAGCACUUUGUGCCCUAAUAAUGGUAGAUGUAAAGUUUCUAGAAUUUAUCCUUCAGACUUUAGCUCUAUGAUGUUUAAUAAGUAUUACUGAAGCUAUGAAUCUACUGUGUUACAAUAAUUGAAUGUGUUUGAGUGUGAUUAGUAGAGCUCUUCUUUGUGCA